UCUCCGCUACUCUUGUGCAUGUUGACCGUGUGCCUGGCGGACCCUCGUUCCUCCCUAAACUGAAGGCUGUACUAACGUCACUUUCCCGCUUUGUGUUCCCACAGUGCGCGACCCUUGCCGAGGUAAAAAGUGCCUCCAUGGUGCCGUGUGCGUGCCUACCGACGACAACAGGAGUGCCAGAUGCGAGUGUCCGGUGGAUUGUAGGAUGUACGGAGGAGGUGGGUUGAUGGGGUCGCCGGCCUCGUCAUCCCCAGUGUGUGGUUCCGACGGCCAAGACUACGACCAUGAAUGCCAGCUUAGACAACACGCCUGCAGAACCCGACGACACCUGGAAGUCAAGUAUCUGGGAAAAUGCGACCCGUGUGAUGACGUGAAAUGUCCAGAGAAACAGACUUGCCAGCUGGAUCGAGAGAGAAAACCCACCUGCCGUUGCAAUGACGUCUGCGCCAAGGAAUUCAACCCCAUCUGUGCCUCCGAUGGCAAGACUUACACGAACGAGUGCGUGAAGAAGGUGGAGGCGUGCAAGGCGAGGAAAUCUCUGGCCAUCGUCUAUAGAGGUGCCUGUGACGCUGGACUGAACCCUUGUGAUGGGCUGUCCUGCCUGCCCGGUGAGGAAUGCAAAAUCGACACGUUUGGGAUCGCGCGCUGUGAGUGUCCCCCGGCGUGUGAGCCUGUCGUCCGCCCUAUUUGCGGCUCAGACAGACAGACAUACGACAACUUGUGUGAACUGCAGCGAACUGUGUGUGUCAAGCAGGUUGAUAUUGUGGUCAGCUACAUCGGGGUGUGCGGAGAGGAAGGCCCCUGUGCAGGCCAUGUAUGUGGGCACGGGGGCGUGUGUGUGGAACGGCAGGGACGACCCGUGUGUGAGUGCCCACAGUGUCCCGCCCACCUUGACCCUGUGUGUGGCUCUGAUGGCAUAUCCUACGACAACGAGUGUCAUCUGAGGGCUGAGGCGUGCAGAAUACGCCACGACAUACCCGUCAGAUACAGAGGACGUUGUUUUGACGUGAGGGAAAACGUCGAACCUUCAGCUGGUUGCGAGAACAAACAAUGUGAAUUCUACGGUGUGUGCGAGGCAGACGAGGCGGGUGUAGGGCGAUGUGUAUGCCCCGAAGGAUGCGUCAAGGUUGACAGCAAAGUGUGUGGGACGGAUGGUGUGACUUACCUCAACGAGUGCCUCCUGAAAGUGGCUGCCUGUAGGAAGCAGCAGUUUGUUAUCGUGGCUUCCAGGGGUGACUGUGAUCUAUGCCAGCACGUAGUGUGUAAAUACGGAGCGAGGUGUGAGGCAGGGCGGUGUGUGUGUCCCAUGCAGUGCCCUGCGACCCGUGAGCCAGUGUGUGCAUCCAACGGCCUCACCUUCGUCAACGAGUGCGAGAUGCAGAAAGCAGCGUGUGGGGUGGAGGAUGGUUUACGAGUCAACUUUGUCGGGGACUGUUCAGAGGCGCGACCUUCUGGCGUCAAGGAUGACCCAAGCCUGGUUAGUCCCCGCGACUCGUCCCCUCCUCCGGUGGUCGUUGGUCCCCCUGGCCGCGCCCACCCUGUUGGCCACCACGGCAUCGAGGGGGAUGUGUGCACGGGGAUGACGUGCGAGUACGGCUCGACGUGCACAGUGCUGGGGGACGGCCUGCCCCGCUGCUCGUGCCGGCUGGACUGCUCCAACGUGCCCCAGAGCCCCGUGUGUGCCUCCGACCUCAAGAUGUACUCCAGCGAGUGUCUCAUGAUCAGGGAGGGGUGUCAGCGGCAGGUGGAGCUGAGACUGAGGCCCCUUGAGCUGUGUGAAGACUUCGAGCUGACGCCCUGCAACGGGGACGAGCCCUUGGUGAACCCUGCCACUGGGCGAGACUUCUACUGCGGGAAGGGGCCUGACACAGAGAACUGCCCCACCGGUUCCUACUGCCAUUGGACUCUCUCCUUCGCCAAGUGCUGCCCUCUACAUCAAGAGGAGAAUAAGACGGAAGCAGGCCCCUCAUGCCAACAGGCCCCCUAUGGUUGCUGCCCUGACCGUAGGACCGAUGCCCUGGGACCAAACUAUGCCGGUUGUCCUUCUAUCUGCCAAUGCCACAAGCUCGGUGCCCGGGAAGAGACAUGCGACCCUGUAACCAACCAGUGCCGGUGUAAGCCUGGGGUGGGCGGCACCAAGUGUGACCGCUGUGAGCCUGGCUUCUGGGGUCUUCCUAGAAUCCAGAGAGGCAGCAAGGGAUGUCUACCAUGUGGCUGCUCUCUGUUUGGUUCUGUGCGUGAUGACUGCGAACAGAUGACAGGGCAGUGUGUGUGUAAACCAGGGAUCCGGGGUAAGAAAUGCAAUGGAUGCCCUGAUGGCUUAGUGCUGGGCCCCAAAGGAUGUCGGCACCACAGUGAGACCACACCCCCACCCCGCUCCUGUGCCGAACUGGAGUGUUACUUUGGUGCUCGCUGCCAGGAACACAACGGUCAUGCAGAUUGUAAGUGUGAAGCGCAAUGCCCUGAGGACUCAUCAGCAGCGCCUACUGUCUGCGGCUCUGACGGGGAGACGUAUGCCAGCGAGUGUCACCUGAGACUAUUUGCAUGUCACUACCAGAAGGAUGUGGUGGUUGAUGCCCUGGGUCCGUGUUCCCUACCAGGCAACCAGUCUGAUGGUGUGACGGAGUCCCCGCUGCGUCGCUCCACUGCCCCCCUGUCCACGGAGCCACACCGGGCGGAGACAGCGAAGGCCACGCGUCACCUGCUGCAGCCGGAGUAUGUAGUGGGCAGUGGGACUGGCUCCAGCACCCACAGCCUCUCCAACAGCAUCUUCAGUGUGCCGCCCACGCCUGUCACCAUAGCCGCCUUCGGGCUGCUGGGCUCCAUCUGUUACCGGGACAAGGACUGUUCCGUACCAUACUCCCGCUGCAAGUCUUCCAUCUGUACCUGCCGUGGUGGGUUCACGCAGAGCGCCGAUCGUCAGACGUGUGUAGUCAACACCCCAGGGAGGGAGGAGGUGGUGGGGGCAUGUAGCCGUCAGCCCUGCCAGAGAGGAGGUACGUGUCGAGAAUUACCCGACGGAAGCCACUCCUGCGACUGUCCCCCGAGAGCCACAGGUUCCCAGUGCGAGGAGGAGCUGCCACCACCCUAUGAAAUUCCUUCCUUUAGUGGGUCUUCCUACCUGGAGGUGAAGAAGAUCAAGGCUUACAACAAAGUCCAGGUCGAGCUGGAGUUCCGAACCUUCACAGACAGUGGGAUUCUGCUCUACAGCCAGCAGCAGAAGGAUGGCUCUGGCGACUUCCUCUCACUGGCCCUCGUCAACGGGUUUGUUGAAUUUCGAUACAACUUAGGGUCAGGACCUGCCCUCAUCCGCAGCCAUGAACGGGUACAAAUGAAGCGCUUCCAUAGGGUGGUGGCCAAGAGGUACCAGCGAGAUGGGAUCCUGCAGCUGGAUGAGUCUGAGGAUGCUAUUGGCAAGGCUCCAGGGAACCUUAAGAGCCUAGACCUGCGUGGCUCAACAUACAUUGGUUACGUCCCCACCAAUGAGAGACGAGUGUGGGAGAACACAGGCACAGCAGAGGGCCUGGUUGGGUGCCUUCGUUCAGUGAGGAUCAACGGACGACCACUAGACCUGAUAUGGCCGGGCUCCCCACAUGUGGUGAGGGCAGAGCAUGUGGGCGAAUGUUCUGCCUCACCAUGUGCCUCUCUCCCCUGCCUCAACCAGGGCUCCUGCAGACCUACUGAUGAUGGUCACUUUAAGUGUCUCUGCAUACAGGGAUAUACUGGAGAGCGAUGUGAGGUGCGUCUGGACCCGUGUGAGAGCCAACCAUGUCAGGCGGGAGCCACUUGCAUGUCCUUACCCUCCGAGGGCUUCCACUGCAGGUGUCCACCAGGCAGGACUGGAACCUUGUGUGACCAGAUGGACCGCACCCUCCGUGAGGUAGUCAUCCCUGACUUUGACGGUGAUGCCUACUUGGAACUCCCGACCCUGGAGAAUGUGGGCAACUCACUAGCUUUGGAGAUCUGGUUCCUCACCAGAUCACCAGAUGGUGUACUGCUCUACAAUGGACAGAUGGGUGGAGGAGGAGACUUCAUUGCACUUAAUCUUCGCAAUGGACAUGUCGAAUUUUCGUACAACCUCGGUUCUGGUCUCGCAACUUUAGUAUUCAGGCUGAAGAGCCCUAGCCGUGUGGCGCUGAAUACAUGGCAUGUGGUACGUGUGAGGCGCAAGAAGAGACGUGGCAUCCUUCGAGUCAAUCAAGGCCGAAGAGUCAUGGGCAAAAGUGGACCCAGGUUAAAAGAACUGAACCUCAACCAGCCACUCUAUCUCGGAGGACUGGAG